AUGGCACGCCGUCGACGUCCGCCCCGGCCUGGCGCGCUGGCCGACCUUGCUCCUCUACGAAUCCUCACGCAGAUCGUGGCACUACAAGCCUGCUACUACGCCGUCGCGCUCGUCCUCAUCGUCUUCACCACCAUCGUAGCCGGUCAGCAUCCCAGCCCUGGCCUCCUCUUCGACUGGCAGAAUCUGCGCGGGGACGUGACGACGGGAUGGACGCUGGGACUCUGCUGGAUGAUGGAUUCCUUGAUCACUGUGAUCCCAAUCCUCCUCCUCAUCGCCCGCUCAAAGCUCGUCCUCGACUUCGCCCUGACAAUCCACUUCAUCAACCUCGUCAUCACCUCCCUCUACACCCGCGCCAUACCCGUGAACCUCUACUGGUGGCUCCUCCAAACCUGCUCCGCGGGUCUCAUGGUCUCGCUGGGCGUGUGGGCGUGUCGGUGGCGAGAACUGAAGCCUUUCGCGUUCGGUGGUCACGGCAAAGACAAGGCUGCGGACGCGAAUGGGCAACUGGAGUCAGGGGAAGGUGACGGGGCCGGUCACAUUAUGGGCCAGGGCAGAGGAAGAGGAAGAGAUGGCGCUGGGACGUAUGAGAUGGUUGGAAUGGGAGGUCACAGCAAGCCAGCUUGA